AAAACCAUCCUUUCUUUAUACAUAACAAAAUUGCUUUAGCUCGAAGACGGCGGGACGCACCAAACGCGAAGCAAGACCUUCAUACCACUUCCCGCACGCCCCAUCUUUUCUCCUUCCAAAUACCCAUGACGUUAUUGGAAGCAGCCGUCACACUCCUCCGAAUGCCGUGGGUGUGGGCGUCGGCCCACCUCGUCGAUCAGGAAAAGAGAGGAAAAUAACGGGAGCGGCGAGCGGACGACGCGUGUUAACCGCCAGCUGUAUCCCAGCCAAGCCGCCUGAACUGGAAGGAAGCGGACGGGCGCGCACAACUAAACGCCCUGCUAGCCCAGUCACGCCGACCGACGGCAGCCAGUCACCAACCCCUGUGCCUCUGCCCUCUAUAAACCCCGCUACACCGCGAAGCCCUCUCCUUCGUCCUCUCUCUCUCUCUCUCUCUGACCGAUCGGUCGAAUUAUGUGGGGGAAGGUUGUCGAUUCCAUGAUGGCGGCAACCGGGAGCAGCAGCAGCAGCAAAGACGUCGAUGGGAUAAAGGGGCCGUGGAGCCCGGAUGAGGACGCGGCGCUGCAGCGGCUGGUGCAGCGGCAUGGGCCCCGGAAUUGGUCGCUUAUAAGCAAGUCCAUCCCGGGGCGGUCCGGCAAGUCGUGCCGGCUGCGGUGGUGCAAUCAGCUGUCCCCGCAAGUGGAGCACCGGCCUUUCACAGCGGAAGAGGACGAAAUCAUCAUCCGAGCCCACCGCCGCUUCGGCAACAAGUGGGCGACCAUCGCCCGCCUCCUCUCCGGCCGCACCGACAACGCCAUCAAGAACCACUGGAACUCCACCCUCAAGCGCAAGUACACGCCGCUGUUCGGUGACGGCGGGUUCCAGCACUACUACAACACCAUCAUGGCGGUCAAGGCGGGCGCGGAGAUCGAUCAUGAGGAGGCGGCGAGGCCGCUCAAAAGGGCCAGCAGCGACGGGUCUGUGCUCUUGUCGGGCAGAACAGGGAUGUGCUCGAACCCUGGAAGCCCGUCGGGCUCUGAUCUCAGCGAUUCUGGCCAUCACAGCCACCCGGUUACUGUAACCGGCGCCGUCAUGCCUCCAUCCUCUUCCCCUCACCAAUCCCAUCAGAUGAAACAAAUCACAGCUGCUAUCACCGACACCACCACUCCCCUCAUCAUCUACGAGGAUCCAGUAACCUCCCUCACCCUCUCCCUCCCCCUCCCCCUCCCCGGAACAGCUCACAUGGACACCUCCGAGCCACAUCACCAGAGAAGCACCGACAACAACAACCACCAGAACCCGCUCCAACUGCUGCCGAUCUCUGAUCACACCCCGUGGCCGAAGCCGCAGCGGUGCUCCACCACGGCCUCCGCAGCUUCCGCCGAGGAGGAGCGGCGGCCGGAGCCUUUCCCUUUAAGCGCGGAGGUCCUGGCGGUCAUGCAAGAGAUGAUCUGCGAGGAGGUGAAGUGCUACAUGGCGGGUCUGGAGCACCAUGAGGUGCGGCAUGCAGAGAGCGUCCGCGACACCGAUAUCAAUCGCAUCGGACUGACAAAGAUCGAAUAACGUAUCAUUUAUCCCAAGGAAUCAAUGGACGAAGGGAAGAACACUUGUCGAACAUAUCCAACAAAGAAAAAGAAGGUCGACUUGUUGAUCUCGAGGUCUUCAUAAUAUUACAAUAUCUUUUUCACUUUUCCUUUGUUAAGGAAAAACAAGAAAAAUAUGUACAGUGAAAGAAGCAGAUGGAGGAUGAGGUAGAGGAAAGAGUUUCGAUGUCUGUUAGAUGUAGACCUGCAAAAUUACAAGAAAAAAAGAAAAUGCAAAAAGGUUCACUCCUUGUUUCGUUC